AACAGCUUGCAGGACAGUGUUUUUUCCUUUAAAGGUUCGGUAGUCUGAAGGCAUGAUGGAUUUCAACAGAGUAGAUCUAAAUUGCUCUGGCACUGGCACCAGUCACUGUUAAUGCGUUGGAAGGAAAAGACUGCAAGGAAUCUGUCAAGCUGAUUGCAGAAAGCACUAAUCUCUCAGAAGAGCAGCUUGCUUUCCUCAUUUCUGGCAUGUAUACCCUUCUCCGAGAAGCAUUGAGACUCCCCUUAUCAACUUUAAAACAAGAAGUUUUUAAGGAAGACCUAAAGGAGCUCAGGAUACCAGAAGAUUUCAUCGUGGACUUUUCCAGUAUAGUCUUUGGUAACAGGCGUCCUGCUUCCGAAAGCACAGCUCUGAUACAAGGAAGUAGGCUGCCCGGUGUCCAGGACUUCAAGUGGAGAGUGGACGUAGCUAUAUCCACGAGUUCACUGGCCCGUGCACUUCAACCAUCCAUUUUAAUGAUGAUGAAGCUUUCAGAUGGGACAGCUCAUCGCUUUGAAGUACCAGUUGCAAAGUUUCAAGAACUGAGAUACAAUGUUGCCCUUAUACUGAAGGAAAUGAAUGAUUUGGAGAAGAGGAGCAUAUUGAAGAUCCAGGACUGAACACUUAAAUUGGGAGUUUAUAGAACAGAUCUGAAACCCUCAGCGUGUUUUUGUGAAUGACAGAGCAGGGGACCAUCACCGCUUUGCCUGUCUGAACUGCAGUGUAGCAUUUAUGAUGUCUGCUGUAAAUAUUUUUUUGAUUCAAGUGUUAAAAGCACAAGCUCUUUUCAUAAGAAUUAAGGAAAACCAAAAAAUAUAUCUAUGAAAAAGUAUAAUGCUGUUUGCGAGCAUUUUUGCAUGAUUCAUCAAAACAUUUUUUAAAUAACUGUCUUAAUAGAUGUAAGAGUCAUUUAUUUCUGAUUAUGAUUCAUCACUCUAAAUAUUUUUGAAAGCCUGCCACCGGAAGACCCAUCAUUGUGUAUCAUAAGAAAGCUCUGCAAUAUCUCAAAUAAAAAAUAAAAUUAAAAACCCACUCCUGUGCCCUAGUAUGACAAAUGUGAACUUGAGUUUUGCAUAAGUAAAAUUGCUGUCUGGCUUCUCACUAAGUGACUGAGGUAUAGCCACAGGUAUUUAAAGGCUGAUUUUGAAGAAAAUUGGAAGUCUGUGGAUCAAGAAAGAAGUAUCAACUGAGCUUCUGGAACUAAUUCCAUGGAAUUGCAGAAGUGGAAAGGUGCAAUCUCAGUCUUUACCUGGUUGAUCAGAAUGGGCUAAAUAGGAGUAAUUGCACAGAUUUCUCACGGGGAAAUGCCUGCCUCUUGAUUCAUGUAUUCCCUAUAUGUUUGAUGUGAAAUGAAUCAUCUUGAUUUACUGCUGGGCAGAAACUUCUGGCACUGCGAUGGCAGCGAACAGCAGGAGGCCUUGUAGACCACUGCAGCUAUAUACUCCUUGAUAGUGCAAGUCAGACCCCAGGAUGAAGAGGCUGCAUAUAGUCUCUGGGAUGAAAGUCACAGGUAUGCGGGUAUCUAAGCCCCCUGGUCAGGAAAAGAGUUAGGCAUAGGCUGAAGUUCCCUGAACUGGUCAGGCAGUUAGACUGGAUGAUCCUUGUAGGUCCCUUCCAACUGAAAUACUCUGUUCUAUUCUAAGAUACUCCUUUGCCCCAUGAGCAAACCUUGGAAGAACUCCCUUAACUUGAAGCAUAUGUUUUAAGUCUCUUUUAAACGCCGUGGGACCACAAGUAUGUCCCUAGAAGUCUUGCCAAGAAGGGAUGCAUUCCUCAAUCAUUGCCUGCAUGAGUUUUCCCCCAGCAGCAAAGAUACGGAGGCUGUGAGCAACGGCCCAAAGAGAGCGCAGGCCGUGGGUCCUGGAACUGUAGGAUUUGUCUGGCUGUCAGAGGUAGUUUAGAAAGCACGUGCCACUACCAUUGUUAAGCACUGGCUUAUUCUAGCUGCUUUCAGGGUUUCUACCUCAGUAAUACCACCCAUACGUCUCACUUUCAUUCUUUUGUGAUUGUAGAACUUGGCCUUUAUCAUCCUCACUCCCCGCAGAAAACUGCUGAAAUUAAAAUUGUGGAUUCCGGAGGCCUUUUACACUCCCACAGAUGUUUGUGUAGGAAAGGAUGACUUGGUUCUUGGAUUUUAAGAAUCACAACAGGCAUAACAAGACCUCGUCAUACUUUUCUAAAGUACAAUCUAAAGACAGCUACAUAGCUGUGGUCCAGAAAGCUUUUAAAACCUGUGCAGGAAUGUGUCCUGUAGUUUCAAAUAAACCUAUCGGCCAUGAUUUCAAACUGUUUGAAAGCUGCGUGUCCCAUUUGCUUUGAAGACUACUCAUCAAUAACUUCUGGGUUUGAUCCGUGCUGCAUCUUAGCUACUGUGUUCAGGUCACACCAAAGCAUGUAAGAGGAAUUGGCUCCUGUCACUUCAAGUGGACUGCAGACUGCAUUAAUGUGAUUUCUUUCUGGUUUUACUUAGUGAAGCUUGUUCACCUUCUUUCUGGAAUUACAUCAUCACAAGCUGUGAAACAAAACCUACAUUCUUAUGUUCCUUGCUAUAACCUUUCCUUUUGGAUUGUUUAGGUUUACGUGGUUUCAAACGGGACAGGUAUCUCAACUGAGACCAUAAGUGAAGUCCUCUCAGACAAACAGAACACUGUAUGGGUGUAAAAUUGCUCAAGACAUUUGCAAAGUAUUUUUUUACUGGUCAGAGUAGAAAAAUCCAUAAAUACCUUUACCUUCUAGACAGAAUACAGAAUUCAGGUUUCUCCUGUCAUAGCAGUUGCCCAUGUUUUCCAGAAAUGGAGAGGCUUCCUGACUGUCUUCCUCAUGUUCUCCUCAAGGGGUGAUGGACCUCUUAGUCACAAGUUUGUCUUGCCAUACCUUAAGCAGUUUACUGUAACUGGAGGUUCACCAAGCACACUGAGGGGUACUUACACACAGGAUUUUCAUUCCUCUGUACUUAAAAGAAGAGUUAAUUUGGGCUUUCCUUCUGACGGAUUAGCUUUGCAGUAGAACAGCGGUUGUCACCAAAAUGGCUAGUGGAUGGUUCCUCUGGUUUGGUAAAAUACAAGCCUUCAAAUUAUUGUUAGGUUUCUCAGAACUUCAUGGUGAAUUAUGUGUUAAAUAUUUGUUCGACACUGAAGUAU